AAGUUUGAUAGGUGGAUAGCAGUUAACCAGAUGAGGUGGUACUUAAACCGGGUAUGCAUCACCGCCCAUUCUGGCCCAGAUAAUGAUUGUUUAAGCCAUCUACUAAGACUAACACACAAGACUCUGGACUAGGGUCAACCCGUUUCUAAAAUGAAGCCAAUCCGUAUGUCUUGGGCAAGGUAUUUUUGGGAAUCAGAAUUCGAUGGAACACUAUGCGUGAGCAUUUUCGAAUGCGAUGGUGAGGUCCCUCCAACAAGACGAGCUGAUAAUGUGAAGCGCUCGGGUACCCUCUGUUGUGCACUUGACAUUCAGUUCUCGGACCUUCAGAAAACUGGAUAUAAAGAAGGGUUGAGAGAACUGGCAUACGAAAUUGAAAUGGUGCCAUCAGGGGCGUCACUAGAAUUUGUUCUUUACGUUGACGGGAAGAAGCAGACAGGUGAAAGCGUGGAGAUGAAGUUCUAAUGACGAGGAUCCCGCGGGAAGCUCGGACAACUCGGAUGAAUUUCUUCCAUAGACUGUAAAAAUGUAUCCAUUAGCACAAGGCCGCU